AUGAGUGACGACAUAGCACGCUGCAACGAUGGCGUGUCGUUGUCGUCAAGCGAGCUUGCGAACAAGCUUGAGGCCAGAUUUACUGCGGGCUCUGAGCCGCAGACUUUUACCCAUUUGGGAAGUCGCUUCCUUAUCUCCAUCAACCCCUACGAGGCGCUCGAGUCCCAGAGCGACUCUGUCGCGGCUGUCUAUGCCGAGGACUAUCGCAACACUUCCGGAAAGCGCAAGGGAGUGUCGCCCCACGUCUUUGCCAUGGCAGCCAACGCCUACUUGCACAUGCGGCAGACUGGACUAAACCAAUCGCUGGUUUUUUCGGGCGAGACUGGUACAGGAAAGUCAGAGGCCAAGCGACUUGCUGUGCGCAUGCUGUCGUUCCUCCGUCCGCAUGCCAGACGCGACACGCAGAUUUUCGACAAAAUCGUCGAGGCCGAGAUCAUCCUGGAGGCCUUUGGCAACGCCAAGACAACCAGCCACGCCAAUGCAUCGCGUGUCGGCAUGUACACGGAGCUCCAGUUUGACGAGCUCGGCCGCAUUGCGGGAGCCAAGUACUGCGAUUACAUGCUUGACCGCAACCGCGUCACCCACGUACCCGACAACGAGCGCAACUACCAUAUUUUCCACUAUCUCGUCCACGGCGCGCAGUCGGACGAGCGUUCAGUAUUUGGGCUGACCCAGGGCAACUAUGAGUACCUCAACCGGCCAGGCACCAUCCAGCGCCUGCCAGGCGUUGAUGAUUCGUCCCAGUUCCAGGACCUGCGUAUGGCAAUGCACUCGCUGGGGCUCCGCGAAAAGUACCAGGAGUGCAUUUUCCAGGUCCUGGCGGCUAUUCUUGAGCUUGGAAAUCUGCAGCUGGAAGACCAGAAGGAUACUACUAUUGUCGAAGCUGCCUACGUCAAGAAUGUCGAGCUCCUGGAGCAUAUCGCUCUGCUUUUGGGCGUGGAUCCGGGCAGCCUGCAGCAGGCGGUGACCUACCACACACGCAUGAUUGGGCGGGAGCUGUGCACUGUGUACCUGGACGCGCAGGGAUCCCGCGCGCGCUGCGAUGCGCUAGCGCGCCACCUUUAUUCCCUUCUCUUUGGCUGGCUGGUUGAAAAGAUCAACAGCACGCUGGGCUGCGACCAGGGCGUGUACAACAGCCACAUCGGCCUUCUCGAUCUUCCGGGGUUCCAAAGCCAGAAGCGCAACCACUUUGAGCAGUUCAUCCACAACUACGCUAACGAGCGCAUUCAUCACUUUAUGAACCACCACGUAUUCGAUGUUGGCAGCGAGGAGUAUGUCUCCGAGAGCAUCGACCACAUUCUGAACUCGGUUGCACACAAGGACAACACGGGAUGCCUUGAUCUGUUCAUGAAGUCGGGCACGGGCCUGCUGUUUGUCAUGGACAAGUUUACCAAGGUCACAAAGAAGGAUAAGGACAGCAGCGCAAAGAUUGGCCAAGAGGGUGACUCCAAGCUGAUAAAGCUCUUCAACGAGGCCCAGCAAGCGUCCAGCAAGGGCAAGUCUGACGUUGAGCCCUGGUACGCCAAUUUGAAGCGCCAAGGCGAGUUUGGCAUCCGCCACUUUGCCCGCCAGGUCAACUAUUCAAUUGACCAGUUUGCCGACCGCAAUACAGACUACCUGGGUGUUGAUUUUUACACCCUGUUCCGCGGAAUGUCUGCUAGUGACUCGCCGGCAACGAUUAACCCGUUUGUCGCGCGCAUGUUUGACGACCGCGGAAUAAUCGUUGAGGGCCACCCGCGCUUGGAGAGCGCCAUCAUUGACGCCCAGCAGUCGAUGAUGCCGGCACGCUCGCCGUUCACCAGCCACCCGCGCCCGCAGAAAAAACGCAAGAUCACUUGCGUCGUGUCCCAGUACCAACGCGCGCUGACCCAGCUGAUUUCAGCGCUCGACGAGACCCUCCCUUGGUUUGUUCACUGCAUCAACCCCAACGACCAUCAGGAGCCGCGCACCUGGGACAAGGAGCACGUUCAGCGCCAGCUGGCUGCCUAUGGCAUCGUCGACAUUGCGCGCGGCAAGAAUGCCGAGUUUAUUGCCUCGCUGCUGCAUGGCGACCUCACGACCCGCUAUAAUGUGGCCAUCAAGAAGUACGUACGCACAAAGGAAAAGUCCAGCUCAAUUGAGCGCUGCCAGGCCUUGCGCCGCGCCAUGGGCUGGGACGACAUCGACAUGGCCAUCGGAAAGAAGAAGGUAUUCUUGAGCUUUUUUGCCUGGCGCCAGCUCGAAGACCCGCUGAGAGAGCGCGAGCGCCUGCUUGUGUGCGGCAUCAAAGAGGAGAACGCCGGUUUAGUGGCCGCUGAGGACCUGCAGUCGGUCUACGAGGACGACGAAGUCGAGAUUUUCCCCGACAGCGAGGCCAUGGAGGAAGCCGAUAUUGCCAGUCUUUUUGAGUACAGCGCUGCUUUGCAGGGGCACCAGUUGCACAUGCACCUCAGCAAUAUCGACACCCGGUCGAAUGGUGGAAUCCCCUCGAUCGGUGACGAAGAGAAGACAAUCGAUGAUGCGCAGUCUGACGGCCGUACCAGCAAGGCCGGGGGCAGCAAGGGCGGUGAUCCUAAGGAAGGCCCGGAUGAGGGCCAUCUGAUCGAGGAGGAGGAUGACUCGUCUAAAAAGCUGACGCGCUCGAGGCGGUACUGGAUGAUUAUUGUGUGGCUGCUGACAUGGUGGGUUCCGUCGCCACUCCUCUCAUGGUGUGGCAAGCUCAAGCGCCAGGACCAGCGCAUCGCGUGGCGUGAAAAGGUCGCGCUUUGCGCGCUGAUCUUCUUCUGCUGCUGCGUGAUUAUCUUCUGGAUUGCUGUUCUUGGCAUGCUCAUUUGCCCCAAGCAGCACGUGCAUACUAUCGAGGAGAUGCGCGGUCACAACACUGCCGAUGACGCCCUGAUCAACAUUCGUGGCGAGGUGUUUGACAUCCAGGGAUUCAAUCACAUGGGCAUCAACAACAAAUACCUUGUCGACAACAACUACCCUGGUAGCGACAUGAGCGACAAGUUCCCUUUGCAGCUGUCGUUUGUCUGCCCCUUCCCUGGCCUGGAUCCGCGCUUGGCGCUGUCACCCAAGCCUGAACCAUACACGGACACGUGGCUGCAUGACCACCGGUUUUGGCGCCACCCGGAGAUGGUUGAGGGUGGCUACAACUACUACCAGUACCGCAUGAUGCGCAUUAUGCGCGAGAACUACUCACGUGGCAAGAUUGCUACUGAGCCGCAGCGUAUUGAGAUGGAGGGCAAGGGCAUCGGCCUACCCAACGGCAUGCGCCGGUACUGGUCAAUUAUUAACAACGAGCUGUUUGACUUGAGCGAGUACAUCCAGCGUCGUGGUGCGCCAUUUGUCAUUGCACCUGACGGUCGCAGCAAUGAAACUGGAUCACGCAUGUUCUUAGAUGACGGCGUGCACAACCUGUUCCAAAUGCAUCCGGGCCAGGACAUCACCGACAAGUGGAAUCGCUACUUUGCAAAGCGCCCGACGGCUCGUCGCUUGCACUACCAGUGCCUCAGAGGCGCGUUCUACGCCGGCGUUGUAGACAAGCGCAAGUCAUUCCAGUGCUACUUUGCCAACUAUGUGCUUCUAGCCAGCUCCAUCGCACUGACGAGCAUUAUUUUCUUCAAGUUCCUUGCGGCUCUCCAGCUAGGUAGUCGCCGCGAGCCUGAGGAGCACGACAAGUUUAUUAUCUGCAAUGUGCCGUGCUACACCGAGGGCGACGAGGGGCUGCGCUCAACACUCGAGUCUCUGGCCACGCUGCACUACGACGACAAGCGCAAGCUGCUGUUUGUCAUUUGCGACGGUAUGAUCAUGGGCUCGGGCAAUGACCGCCCGACGCCACGCAUCGUACUCGACAUUCUUGGCGCUGACCCGGAUAUCGACCCUGAACCCCUGAGCUUCCUGUCUCUCGGCGAGGGAAUGAGGCAGCACAACAUGGGCAAGGUUUACUCUGGCCUCUUUGAGGCUGCCGGCCACGUCGUCCCGUACAUUGUUGUUGUCAAGGUCGGCACCCCCCGGGAGCGCACUCGCCAGGGCAAUCGCGGCAAGCGUGACUCGCAGAUCAUCCUGAUGAGCUUUUUCAACAAGGUUCAUUUCAAUUUGCCGAUGACGCCGCUUGAGCUCGAAAUCUACCACCAGAUGAAGAACGUCAUUGGAGUCAACCCCGCGUUCUAUGAGUUCAUUAUGAUGGUCGACGCUGACACCUACGUCUUCCCUGACUCGCUCAACCGCAUGGUGUCAUGCAUGCUGCAUGACUCGAAGCUGAUGGGAAUAUGCGGCGAGACGCAGCUGGCAAAUGAGAAGGACACGUGGAUCACAAUGAUUCAAGUGUACGAGUACUAUAUCUCACAUCAUCUCAGCAAGGCUUUUGAGUCUCUGUUUGGGUCUGUCACUUGCCUUCCAGGUUGCUUCUGCAUGUAUCGCAUCCGAGCGCCCGAGUCCAACUAUCCACUGCUUGUGUCAAACAACACAGUAAAGGAUUACGCUGAAAACAACGUCGACACAUUGCACAAGAAGAACCUGCUGCAUCUUGGCGAGGAUCGGUAUCUGACCACGCUAAUGCUCAAGCACCACCCGUACUACAAAAUGAAGUUCACCUCUGAUGCGCAGUGCCGGACCAACGCCCCAGACACCUGGCAAGUUCUGCUGUCCCAGCGCCGCCGCUGGAUCAACUCGACCGUGCACAAUCUUUUGGAAUUGGUGUUUCUGCCGCGCCUCUGUGGAUUUUGCUGCUUCUCGAUGCGCUUUGUCGUGUUCAUCGACCUUGUCUCGACCAUCGUCAUGCCUGCUACGGUGGUUUACCUGGGCUACCUGAUCUACCAGCUAGUUGUCAGUACUUCUGACACGCCUCUUGUCUCAGUAUACUUGCUGGCAGCCGUCUAUGGUCUGCAGGCGCUGCUUUUUGUGUUCAAGCGCCAGUGGCAGCACAUCGGCUGGAUGAUUGUGUAUCUCUUGGCAAUGCCCGUAUUCUCAUUCUUCAUCCCGCUCUACGCGUUCUGGCACUUUGACGACUUUUCGUGGGGAACCACGCGCAUGGUCGUCGGCGAUGGCAAGAAGACCCGCUUUGUUGCUGAGCUGGAGGUGUUUGAUCCCAAGUCUAUUCCACUGCGCAAGUGGGAGGAUUAUGAGGAGGAGAUC